GCGGACGUGGACGAAGAAGAAUAACAACAACAGGAGAUCAACAUGGCUGCCGACAGUGAUCCCGAGACGGAAGUGUUCGAGAUCACAGACUUCACCACCGCCUCAGAGUGGGAACGGUUUGUGUCCAGAGUGGAGGAGGUGCUCAAUGACUGGAAGCUGAUUGGUAACUCUGCAGGGAGGCUGUCUCCAGAGAAGGGAGCGUACACCACGGGGACCUGGCUGGAGAAGUCUCAGGACUUAAACUUUGCAGACUUUAAAUUCUUCAUCUCUCACUUCAUCCUGAAACAAGAGAGUGAAAAUGACAACGACAAGGAGAAGAUGGAGGAAGAUGCUUAUCCUGCAGCGAUGCAGGACCUUCUGUGUAUGAACAAUGACUUCCCUCCUCGAGCUCACUGCCUGGUGAGAUGGUACGGUAUACAAGAGUUUGUGAUCAUUGCUCCUGGAACCAACUGUGAGGCCAUCAUCAGCGAGUCCAAGUGCAAUCUGCUGCUCAGCUCCGUCUCCAUCGCUCUGGCCAACAGUGGUUGCCAGGUGCCCAUGUUUGUGCAGAUCCAGCAGAAGUGGAGACGGAUGUACUCCGGAGAGUGUCAGGGUCCCGGUGUCCGCACUGACUUUGAGAUGGUUCACCUCCGCAAGGUGCCGAGUCAGUACAACCACCUGUCCGGGCUGCUGGACGUCUUCAAGUCUAAGAUAGGCUGCAAUCUGUCGCCUCUGCCUCCAACCAACAUCGCCAUCCGUUUCACCUACAUCCUGCAGGACUGGCAGCAGCACUCGUGGCCCCAGCAGCCUCCAGACUUCGACACGCUCCUUGGAGGAGAGGUGGGAGGAGUGGAGUUUGGAAAGCUUCCUUUUGGAGCCUGUGAGGAGACAAUCAGUGAACUUCAUCUUGCGACCACUUGGCCUAACCUGACAGAAGGCAUCGUGGUGGAUAACGACGUCUACAGCGACCUGGACCCUCUGCAGGCUCCUCACUGGUCCGUCAGAGUCCGGACGGCUGAAAACCCUCAGUGCUUACUGGGUGACUUACUGACGGAGUUCUAUAAGCUCUGCUGCAGGAAGGAGUCCACAGACGAGGUUCUUGGGAGAGCACCGGGGGAAGAGGAGGGCCAAGAAAACAGUGACAUCAGCUCAGCGUUAAACAAGCUCACUGAGCCCACAGCCACAGUCCCUAUGUCCAAACUGUCCGUCUCCAGCAUGGUGCACAGCGCCCGGAAACACAUCAGACGACACCGCCGCGUAGACGAGUCCCCGCUCAACAACGACGUUCUCAACUCUGUCCUGCUGUGUCUCUUCCCAGAUGCUGCUGUGGAGAAGUCUUCAGACAGCAGCAAGAGUAAACCUGCACCGUCGAAUGCCUGCGGGAAAGAGGAGCAAGAUAAAAACUCUGACUAUAACCUUUUCCUCCAGCUGAAGUCGGCUCCCACUGACAGUCUGACCUACAAGCUGGCUCUGUGUGUUUGUCUGAUCAACUACAAUUAUGGUGGGCUGCGAGCUGUCGCACACCUCUGGCAGGAGUUUGUCCUUGAGCUGCGCUACAGAUGGGAAAACAAUUACUUCAUCUACGGGCUGACAGGUGGACCUCCUGAUCUACGCUGUUGUCUUCUACAUCAGAAGCUCCAGAUGCUGAACUGCUGCAUCGAGAGGAAGAGGGCCCGAGACGAAGCUCGCCGGGCGCAGGAGGGGGGCAAAGAGAGAGAGCCAAGGGGAGCGGGCCACAACGGCCGUCCCAGGUCAGACUCCUCGACCGCAGCCGCCGCAACGAAAGAGGUGUCUCCUGGGAAAUCCUGGGACUCAUGGAGCGACAGCGAGGACGAGUUCUUUGAGUGUCUGAGUGACCAGGGGGAGACAGAGUCCUCAAACACUGAGGGAGAAAAGGACGGCAGUAAAAUGAAAGCAGAGGGGAGACUUCACCCGCAUAACAACAUGAUGCUGCUCAACUGCUCAGAGCCUCUCUACGUCCCUGUCACACAGGAACCUGCUCCCAUGACUGAGGACCUGUUAGAGGAACAAUCUGAAGUCCUCGCCAAACUGGGGACGUCGGCUGAAGGUUCACACCUCCGUGCUCGCAUGCAGAGCGCCUGUCUGCUCUCAGACAUGGAGUCCUUUAAGGCAGCAAACCCUGGCUGUGUUCUGGAGGACUUUGUGCGUUGGUACUCACCACGGGACUACGUGGAAGAGGAGGUGGACGAGAGCGGUAACAAGGUGACAAAAGGAGAGCUGAGUGCCAGGAUGAAGAUCCCAGGAAACAUGUGGGUGGAGGCCUGGGAGACCGCCAGAGUCACACCUGCACGCCGACAGAGACGUCUGUUUGACGACACCAAGGAGGCUGAGAAGGUGUUGCAUUAUUUGGCGGUGCAGAAACCUGCAGACGUGACUCGACACCUCCUGCCCUGCAUCCUCCACUCUGCCAUCCUGAAGCUGAAAGAUGAAGAGUCGGUAGAAGACAUUCCCUCAGUCAAAAAGAGCAUUCGGCAAGCCACGAGUCAGGCCAGCAAGCUGCUGCACCCGCCCAACUACGACAUCAGGAAGUUAGAGGAUUUUAUCAACCAGCUGAUGGCCAUGGAGACCGCCAUCACUCAAGCACGUUCCCUGAAGGCCAAGUUUUCUCUGUGUGAGGGGGAGAAGGGGGAGGACAAAGAGGAGCUGGAAAAGUUUGUGAGCUCCCUGCUGGAGGAGCCAGAGGUGGAGGUUAUUGGAGCGGGCCAGGGGCCGGCCGGCAUUAUCAUCCACAAAAUGUUCAUCAACUCUCAGAGGGCUGCGCUCCUCUCCGCUCUGGAGGACGACUUCAGCUCCGACAAGAGGCCGGCCGGAGGAAGCAACAAAGUGCCUGACUUCCCCCCUCCGGCAGGCCGGGAGAUUCUCCUGCGCACGUGUGUCCCUCGACCUGCACCGUACUCCAAAGCUCUUCCUCAGCGGCUCUUCUGCGUGAUGAUGAAGGAGGAGUUCAGGUUGGCGGGAGCUUUCUCUUCAGACACUUCCUUCUUCUGAGACCAAAAGGCUGAAACACAGAGAGGAAUCAGCAGAGGAGGAAGAAGGGCCGGCACGCUAACAUGAUGCUUUUGUCUGUGGGUCGUCUGACGGUUGAGCAGUUUGUUGACAGAUAUGUACGGAAGCCCUGAGAGGAAAAGAACAGGAAACACUUUAUUCUGAAAUGAUUAGAGCUAAAGUGUUUCCUCUUUUGUGUUUCUGACUUAAAAACGUGGGGAAAGAUUUUCUUUUUCUAAGUUUCAUUUUUGGGCUUUUAUGCCUUUAAUGAGAGGAGAGGAGAGGACAGUGGAUAGAAAGAGAGCAAAAUGACGUGCAGCAAAGGGAUAAGGGUUGAAACCCUCUGUACAUGGGGCGCCUGAUUUUUACCCUUAUCCAAACUAGCACUCCUUUUCUUCAUUUCAUCCAAAUAAAGAAGUUAGAAAUUUUCUUUUUAAUGAUCUUUCGUGUUUUUUUCAACAGUUCAAAAAGAGAAAAUAAUGUCUUAUUUUAUGUUUUUUCUUUUUGGCAAGAAGAGGCAGAACUGCACAACUUUAAGUGUUAAAGUUGAAUUAGGGUGAAUUCUGAUUUUUCCUGACACUCUAAACAGAAAGUAACCACAAACUUUAUGUUAUGUGUCAGCAGGAUAUGUUGCACCACAGUCACACUCUUCAUCAAGGGUUUAUAUAUAUCGCAGACUCAUCGCCUUUUUCACAGUGAAGGAAUCAUAACGGAGAGAUUAUCGAGGCUGAAGCUUUUAUUUCCCCUCUUGUCUUUAAGUCUUAAACACAGAAGACUGCUCUGUGCUCUUUGGAAACUCUCAGAGCUUCAGAAACUAAAUGUUGAUGUAAUUCAAACACGACUCACUGCCUGUUUUCUGCUUCACGUCUCCUGCCGACAAACUAUAACGACAACUCGGAUCACAAAAACAGAAAGAUAUCACUUCAUCUGUUCUUUGUCGUGUUCUUAUCCUGGAGUUUCCAAGUAGCAGUUAUUAACUAAAGAUGUAUCAAUAAUUUAUUCAGAUUUAGUCUAACAACUUGAAAUGAUACUAAUGAAAUGAGACAGUUAUAAGGUGUUUAGAGCUCAGAGAUUAGAAAGUCCUUCAUCUUACUGUCAGCGCUCAUUCUCAAAGUAACUCCACUGUUGUUCUUCGCUCAUGUUCUUCUUUUUUUUAUUGUCAUUUGCUUUUAUUGACCCAUGCCAAGUUAUUGCACAGCUACAUUCUUCAUGACGUGUAUUACCUUAGUGUUGUGUAUCACAGUAAUGUUUCUGGACCCAUGAAAGCAUCUCAACACUAGUUUGUCAGCUGAAUCUGAAAUGAGAGCGUUGUGUGGAUAACGCCCUGUUGAUCGUACGCACGAAAACAAACGCUGCUCAGAGAGACGGUGUUGGAUGACACAAAGCUUUAUGAGCUGCAGCAGAGGCCAGAGUGAUUCUUUGAAGGUUUCCAUGUAUUUAAAUUAAAGGCUGUGCAGGUGUUGUAUUAAUUCUACAUGUGAUGUGAAUCUGUUGUGAAUGCAGGGAAGGUUUACUGUAAUGUAAGAUGCAGUCAGAAAUGUCCUCUGAACUGGAAUAAACUCUGUUCUCUGGUC